GAAAACUUUAGAACUUAGAGUGACUUUUGACUCGUCCUCGACCCCCACGAUAAUGUAAAUUUUAAGUAUCAGUGAAUUUUUAUUACAAAGUUGUAAAAUUACGUUAGAUUACCAAAUCGCCCGGACCACACAAAAGUAGGAAACAAAUUAUUCCAAAAUUAAAUCCAAACGAGUGAAGAUGGCACCUGACAUCAAAGUCGCUAUUAUUGGGGGCACUGGUCUGGACGACCCGGAUAUACUCAAAAACCGAAGAGAGAAACGCGUUACAACUCCGUUCGGAGCUCCCUCCGACAGCCUUCUCCUAGGAGAAAUUGAUGGUGUUGAAUGUGUGUUGCUGGCGCGCCAUGGACGCAAACACGACGUUGCCCCCGGUCAUAUUAACUACAGGGCUAACAUUUGGGCUUUGAAACAAGAGGGCUGCACUCACAUUUUAGCGAGUAAUGCAUGUGGAUCUCUGAGAGAAGACAUCCCACCUGGUGAUUUGGUUAUAAUUGAUAGUUUUCUUGACAGAACAACAAACAGAAUACAGAGCUUCUACGGCAGCGGCCCGGAUAGUCUGCCCGGUUUGUGCCAUAUUCCUAUGGAACCUGCCUUUUGUCCCCAAACACGCAAAGUUCUCUUGGAAACUGCCUCCAAAUUAGGCUUAAAGGUUCACAACGGGGGCACUGUGGUCGCUAUUGAGGGCCCUCGCUAUUCGAGCAAAGCAGAGAGCAACUUAUACAGGCAAUGGGGGGCCCAUUUGGUGGGCAUGACUACAGUACCUGAAGUGGUUUUGGCCAAAGAGGCGGGCUUGUGUUAUGGAGUGAUUGCGUUGUCGACUGAUUACGAUUGCUGGCGGGAUAGUGGAGAGAAAGUGUCCCAUCAGUUUGUCGUAAAGAACUUCCAGGAAAACGUCAAGAAAGUUACCAGUUUGCUGCUGGCCGCCGUUUCUAGGUUAAAGGGAGAAGAUUGGACAAGGACCUUACAAGAUACGCAGAAUUUGGCGAAAGAGAGCGUUAUGCCGCCGAACGAGCAGCGAGAUUCCAAAGGGGAUGAUAAAUGUUCCCUCGAGUGCCAGAAGGCUAAAUAAAUGUUUUGAUUUAUAAAUUUUAUAAAUUUGUCAUUCUAAUAAUAAUUCGAAAAUAUUC